GGAAAACUGCGCAUGCGUCAACGGGCUUUAACACAAUUCAUGGUGCUGUUGUUUGCAGCUCCCGUUCAGUCUCGAUUGAAGUGUCUGUCUGCUGUGGAUGUCACGUUACCGACAGAUAUCCCGGGAUUACUUUGACACGGAAUAAAACAUUGUAACACGUAGGCUAUCAGACGGACGCCAUGCAUCUCUGCCUGGGAUUCUUCCUGCUGCUCUUCUGCGCGACGCUGCAGAUGGGCUCUGGACUCAGCUGCUAUAAAUGUGCUGAUUACACGGGUCAGUGUGAGACCGUGCAGGAGUGCACCUCUGAAGACUCGUGUGUCUCUCUGAGUGAGAAAGGAGGGAAGACCAUCCGUCAGUGUAUCCGCUACACAGACUGCAAUAACGCUCGUCUCGGCCAGCUGUUCCCGGCCAUGUCCGACUUCAAUUACCGUUGCUGCAACAGCAACCUCUGCAACUCCGGCAACGCAGUCGCCACGGCAACGCCUGCCCUGGCCCUGGCGCUGACGGCGGCCGUGCUGAGCGUCUGGUGGAGCUGGAUCUGAAAUUAUAACUCCACGUCUCAAUGCUCCGGGUGUUUUGAUUUUGAUUGAAGUUGUAUAAAGUUAAUCUGAACUAAACUGAGUGUUGACACUUUAAGGUUCUCAGCCCAUUUCAUUUGUAAACUUUUUACCAGUUUAACAAUAAACACAAGAACUAAUGGAGA